UAAACUCUACAGUUACCUGGGAGUGGUAUGAAGAUUAUCCUGUUCGAAGUCCAUUAUCUGCUUUCUUAUCAUCAGGUCUUCCAUUUCUACUUCUCAAACAGUUUUCAUCUUAUAUUGAUGUUUCACCAACACUUUUGCUAGUGUUUCCUCGUGUUUUUCUUACAUUUUUACUCUACUCUCAUUUGAUCUUCCUGUCUAUGUUAUUACGCAAAAAUUGGCUAUCAAUUCAUUUGAUUGUCUUGUUGUUUUGUCAACAUCCUAUGUUACCAUGAUUUUUGCUAGUAGGCCAUUUUCCAACACCUUAGAAACAGGAAUAUCUGCGAUUCUCAUUAUGUGUUUAAUACAGCUAACUGAUCGGGUAUCCAUUCAUGGUAUUACUAAAAAGAAUAUUUUAAUGUUUUUAUUUAUUGGUGGUUUCACGUCUUUUGGAGUAUUUUGUAGACAAACAUUUCUCAUUUUUUCCAUAGUACCUUAUCUUGGCUAUCUUAUAUUUAAUAUAAAAUUUCAACAAACUACUAUCCUUCCUUUUCUUGUCCAAAUUAUUUGCAUUGCCAUGGGAUUUUCUCUUUGCACAUGUGUUUUUAUUAUUGUGGACUCCUGGUAUUUUAAUUAUUUACAAUAUCGUAAAAUUGUUAUAACUCAUUGGAAUUUCAUUCUGUAUAAUUUUCAUCAUGCUCAGGAUCAUGGGAAACAUCCAUUUUUCACACACUUUAUUGUCAACAUGCCAUUGUUAUUUGGUCCAUUGUCAUUGCUUUUCUUUAUUAAAAUAGGAGCCCAGAUUAAAAAAAUUGCUUUUAUUUUGAACGAUGAUCAAAUAAAACACACAACAUUCUAUAAGUGUGUCCUAACUUUUCAUAUUGUCAUACCACUCUUUAUCUUGUCUUAUCUUCCUCAUCAAGAGCCACGGUUUCUUAUGCCUCUUCUUAUACCAUUGGUUUUGCUGUUUUCUUCUCAUCUGUUAUCAUCAAAAUUAUAUCUCUAUUCCUGGUUGUUAUGGAAUAGCAUUGGCUUUAUUUUCUAUGGUAUUUUUCAUCAAGGAGGUGUUGUUACAUCGUUAUUUUAUCUUCAUAAAACCAUCAAUAAUGAAAUGCAAAUUUCAAAGGUACCUUUAUGUUACCAUGUUGUUUAUUAUCAUACCUACAAGCCACCAUCUCAUCUUCUUGCCUGGACAAACCAUAAUGAGAUUGAUAAUAAUAGAUUAUUUCUUCAUGAUCUGGCUGGAAGCACUCAAGAAAAACUCAGGCAAACACUAAAUGAAAUUGGCUCAAAAUAUUGUGAUAAAAACAAAAACAAGGUUUAUAUAGCUUAUCCGGCAACAGUCAAGAUUCCCGUUAAUUGUAAAGAUAACGUCACAGUUUUCUUUCCUCAUUUAACGAUGGAAGAUCCUCCCUCAAUUGCUGACAUUUUCAAUAUAAUUCAUCUCGAUAAUUCAGAGAAACAAGCAAGCGUAUCUAUGUUACAGGUCUUUAACAAACUUUGUGAUAGUAUGUAUUUCCAACUGCAAGCAUUGAAGAUGCAACUUUCGUUGAAGCUUUGUACUUUGGAUUUAUGAAGUUAUACAUUGUUCUAGUAAUAAUUUUGGUAAUAAUAACUUUGCAUUGUUAUAAAUUCUUCAUUCUUAAUUUUUAUAGUAAAAUUUCUGUAAUGAUAUUUCAUAUUUUGGAAACGAAAACAAUUAAAAAAGCCAGCUCAGCA